UGACGUAAUUUAGUUGUAAAAAUGGAAUUUACUAACAAAGAUUUUUGCAAUUUUCUCCUACAAAAUAAAACAGACUUUAGCGAUUAUAAUUACCUUUAUGAAAUAGUGCUAGAUAAUAUCAACAAGGCUUUAUCGAGUGGUGCUAAAUUGGAGUUAAAAGAGGCUUUACGAAAGUUUUGUUUUAAAUUGAAGGAAAGAUAUAUUAAAAGCAGUUACAAUAAUAAUCGCUUUUUUUCAAAAAAUUCCAACUGGUUGAAAAAAAAUUUCGAUAUCCCAGAAAUUGUAAGAGAAGAAAUGUUAAAUUCGCUUAAUGAACCUGAUAUUGAAGAAAAGGAAAUCCAAUUAGAAAAGAGAAAAUCGUUCUCUGAUUUGCAGGACUUAAGUGCAAGACAUAAAAGGAGGAAAACGAAAGACAUUAGAGAUCAAUAUUCAUCCUACGGGUUACUUUUUGCAGCCAAAACAAACCUACGUUCUGAAGGAUAUACGGAUUUUGCAAAGGUCAUAGAAUAUCUCAUGGAAAACCCAAGCCAAGCCAAAGAAGUAAGAGAAUUUUGCCAGACUAGCAGGCACAGUGUUAAAAAUAUUUCGGGAGAAAAAGCGAUGAGCAUCUUUGUUAAUUCAAAGAUGUCAAAACACCAAUACAAUACUCUACGACAAUCCCUAAUCCUCGAAAAUAUGAACCAUUUUCCUUCAUACUAUGCCAUACAACAGACUAAAUUAGAAUCUUAUCCACCCAAAGAAUAUAUCACUAUAACAGAGGUAUCAGCAUCUGUUAAACUUCAGGCUCUUUUAGACCAUACCCUUUUAAGGAUAUUGAAAACUGUGGAAUGUGUUACGUCUAGCAAUGAUAUUAUUUUAGUUAGUAAAUGGGGUUUUGAUGGCGCAUCCGGGCAAAGUACUUAUAAGCAAAAGCUAACUUCAGGUGAAGAUUCGAGCAUUUUUAUUUCCAGUUUGGUACCCAUAAAACUGUACAAUGUAAAAAACGACACUAUUAUUUGGGAAAAUAAAAGACCAUCUUCGACUCGUUGUUGCCGUCCACUAAGAUUUACAUUUGUUCAUGAAACCCCAGAGCCGCGAUGUUCGUCGUCGCCCCUAACCUCCUCGACCAUCUAUUUUGCCCUGCAAGAUUAG